UGAGAAAAGCGGGAAAAAAUAAAUAGACGAUCUUUGUGCCUGGCAAAGAAAACAAUAUUUUCGACAAAGAGCGAAAAUUAACAGUAUAGUAUAUUUAUUUCUAUAUUAUACUGAGACAUUAGGUGAAAUACGAUUUUACAAUCGAUUAACUGGUGUUAUUUUAUCUCUUUUUAUCUCUUCUGUGUGUAUAGUGGAGAAUUACGCAGCACUUUAACCAGUCUAUUAGCUAGCUCACCGGGCUAACGGUUGUACCUCAACGUAGCAACGCUUAUUAUAGUGCUAUAUAAUGUGCUAAUGUUAGCCCUAUUUUGUUUGGGCUGGACUGUGGGAAGACUGCAAUGGGAAGAUUUCUGUAACAUUAAGUUGCUGUUCUAAGUUAGAUUUUUACGGUGGCCAUAGUCAAAGUGACAUGGAUAAACACAACCGUAAUACUGUAAGGACAGAUCUCAGUCUGCUGCUUGAAUGUCUGAAGUUUCAGAUGAAAAGUCCCGAUUUACAGAAACAAGCUCUGGUGACUAUUCACUCUAUCUGUGAAAAGAGAGAGGAUAAUGUGGAACUUUUGAGAGAAAUGGGAGGAGUGCCAUUUAUAUAUAAUCUCUCUAAGUCCAGUAUUGUGCAUGCAGAUGUUACAGAGACUGCGCUCUUUACUCUUGGAACGCUGGCAGAAGCUAAUGUGUAUUGCAAGAAUUCUCUGUGCAGAAAAGAGACAUUUGCAGACCUCGCUGGUUGCUUGAUGAGGGAGGACAUCCCGCUGACGCAGAAGACAGUGUCUGUGUAUUUACUGUCUGUGCUGGUAGCCAACAACAAAUCAGGACAAACUUUAGCCCAAAUGACUGGCUGCCUGGAUAUUUUACUGAAUCUGUUCAGGACUACCUUCCCCAUCUCUAGAGACUCUGCUUUGAGAAUAGAUAAUGCCACUCAAACCCACCAACUAUGGACAUCUGCAUCCAGUGCUCUCUGUGCAUGUGUCAACAAUCCUCAGAACGUGGAGUGCCAACAAAUUUGUGUUGCAGCGUUUCCGAUAAUAAAAAAUUGGCUUCAGCAGAUUACUAUGCCAUGCAAAGAGAUAUUUCAGCCAAUAUGCUCUUUCAUAGCAAUGACAGUUGCAAAUAACACCUGUGUUCAGGAAAGUUUUUCAGCCUCAGGGAGUAUGGAAGCUCUCAGCUUGGUACUGGUCCGUCAGGUUUCUGCAGCACAUAAAAGCUUACUGUCUUGUCAGCUUUCUGUCACUUUAUCCAAGACCCUGUCUGCUUGUAUUAUUGAUAACCCUGCUCUGGCUUCAGGUCUGGCUCAGUAUGGACUAGUGGCCCAUCUCAUCUCCUUGCUGUCUAGUCCAAACUUUGACCCUGAUGACAGGCUCUCCAUUUUACUUACUUUGAGCCACUGCACCGUGGCUACUGACGAGCACCAGUCUCAGUUGGUGCAGUGUGGUGGUUUACCCCUUAUAAUAACUUUCCUCACAGAGGACCCAAGUGAUGAGGUCAGGAAGGCUGCAACAUUCAUAUUGCAGACCUGCAAGCAAGCCACUAUGUCCCUGGGAGUCCCUGGUCUACUAGCUAUGCACGUGGAGUGUGAAAAUGAGCCUGUAUCAAACAUGGAAAGCUUCAGGAGCUCAGCCAGAGAGUUGCUACGUAAAAUAGACCUACUAGAAAAGCAACAGAUGAAAGAGACUAAGGAUGGACAAGAAGAAACAGACCCACCAACAGCUGACUCACAAGGCCAAGCAUCCCUGCCUCAAACCAUAGGCCUACAUUUGUAUCCACAUAAAGCUGUUCCCUCAUGUAGACAAACCAGCAUUUUUAACCACGUGAAAACAGGCAGCGACCAAAACACUGCAUUUCAAACAAGAUGGAAGUUUAAGAAGGAAAAGUCUGGUGAAAUGAAGAGCAUGAGUUCCAAUUUAAAUGUUGAGGUUGAAACCAAUGCAAGACAUGCGAGGUGUUCAACGUGCAGAGGCACUGGAGUCCUCGUAUCGUCCCAUUCAGGGUCACUAGAGGGAGACAGAGAGCCACUCACGCUAAACGGUCAGCUGUUUAAACCCUACGAACCUGUGAGGCACAGUGUACCAAAAGAAAGCUAUUCUGAUAAAGCAGAAUUACAGGGUCUCGAGAUGAGUGAGGCAGAGCAAAUGUCUACUAACCGGUGUCUAGGUUGUGUGUUGCCUUUCGAGAAAGUGACCAGCCGCACUUUUGCAUCCAUUCAAAGCUCCUGUCGUCACAGUUGUGAGAUGCACAAGAUUCUUUACAAGGCUACAGAGCGGUUCAGGACUCAUCAUUGCAGCCUUGUUUUUAGUAGUGUGAAUCACAACAACACUUUGAAGCUGACUGAUACAACCUCUGACAAAGCUUCUCCAGCAGAGACACAAAGCAGCUAUAAAGACCGGAAAGAAGUCUGUCUGACGCCCAUACAUAAAGCAGAAGCAAGAGACAAGAGCUGCAUGCUAAAACUGCACUGGAAGAGGUACAAAGGUAUCACUUUGACUCCACUGUGCAGAGCUAAAAAGAAGACAUUGAACCCAUCUAACAAGACAAGUCCACGGUUGACUCCUCUGAAAAGACGGCAUCUUCCUGGAGGUAGCAUCAGAUAUGGAAAGAAGAUGAGAGAAUAAUAGAGGACUUCAUGUUGAAAUGGAAAGCAUCACAGGUCAUUGUUCUACUAGACGGAUGAGGAAGGACUUCAGUCAUGAGGAGUGUGUUACCUACUAAGAGGCGUGGAGACAUUUGGCUUCUCCUGGAACUCCAUCUUGUGGUCAUACCCUUUCCAAUCGGAACGUACCAAUGUUGACUUGGCCAAGAAAUACAGGCGACUAAUGGCAAGGAGGAAAUAGUAGGAAUAGAUGAUGUAAUUGUUUUUCAAGCUAGUCAUUAAAGUAGCUUGCCUUAUUUCUCUUAUUGGUUUACUUACUUAGUAAGUAAAAUAGUUGAGGUAAAUACUCACUCAUUUUCUACUCAUUUUAGUCUCUAGUCUCUUUGAUGUGUAUUCAAACAUGGAGCUAAACUCUGCUUUGAGGAAUACACAUUCAUUUUUCUUUUUUCAUUGAAAAUGUGUCUGCAGUCAUGAUUUAUUGUGUUCAUACCUUAAGCUGCUUCUUCAGCUGAAUUAGGUCAGAAGUGAUGUUUUUUGGUUAACUUGUUACAGACUUCAGAUUCAAAACAGUGACAAGGCUUUUCUGAAUCUGGAGUAAGUCAGUUUAUCGAAGUAUUGUUUAGCUGUUGCACCACCUCCAAGUGAAUCACUACAACACACCUCUAACUGUGAUGUAUGUCUACCACACUUGCACAACGUCUUCAUGAGUUUUGGCAAUAAAAAAGGCUUGGUCCUAAAUUGUUUUGCAAUUACAGUACUUGUAUUUGCAUCACAACUGUUCUUGUGAUAUUUAACUUCUAGCAAAUAAAUGUCAUUCAUUUAGUUUU